AUGGCAGCUCUGGGCGCCACGGCCGUGGCCAUUGCCAUGCUCCUGCUUGCGACCAUCACCAACGUGGCUCUGGCCACCACAGCGACGACAGCGAAGGGGCCGGUGAUCUACAUUUUCGGCGAUUCGAUGUCGGACGUGGGCAACAACAACUACCUCCUCCUGUCCAUCGCCAAGUGCGACUACCCCUGGUACGGGAUCGACUACGAAGGUGGCUACCCCACCGGGAGGUUCACCAAUGGCAGGACCAUCGGCGACAUCAUGGCUGCUAAAUUCGGCGUCCCACCGCCACCGCCGUUCCUCUCCCUGUAUAUGACCGACGACGAGGUGCUCGGCGGCGUCAACUUCGCGUCCGGCGGCGCAGGACUACUCAACGAGACCGGCAUAUACUUUGUUGAGUACCUGUCGUUCGACAACCAGAUAUCUUACUUCGAGCAGACCAAGAACGCGAUGAUCAGCAAGAUCGGCAAGAAGGCCGCCGAGGAGGUGGUCAAUGGCGCAAUCUUCCAAAUCGGACUUGGGAGCAACGACUACGUGAACAACUUCCUGCGCCCGUUCAUGGCGGACGGCAUCGUGUACACCCACGACGAGUUCGUCGCCUACCUCAUGGACACCAUAGCCCAGCAGCUCACGAGGCUCUACCAUCUCGGGGCGCGCAAGGUGUGGUUCACGGGGCUCGCCCCGCUCGGGUGCAUCCCGUCGCAGCGCGUCCUGUCCGAGACCGGCGAGUGCCUGGAGGAGGUGAACGGGUACGCCGUCAGGUUCAACGCCGCAGCCAAGGACCUGCUCGCCGGCCUCAACGCCAAGCUCCCCGGCGCGCGGAUGUCCCUCGCCGACUGCUACUCCGUCGUCAUGGAGCUCAUUGAGCACCCCCAGAAAUACGGGUUUACGACGUCGCACACGUCUUGCUGCGACGUGGACACGUCUGUGGGGGGCUUGUGCCUGCCGACGGCGAGCGUGUGCGAGGACCGCAAGGAGUUCGUGUUCUGGGACGCCUACCACACCUCCGACGCCGCCAACCAGGUCAUCGCAGCCCACCUCUACGCCGACAUGGUCAGCUCCGGCGACGCGCAGGAGCCGCAGGGCAACGCAACCGCCGCGCCCAAAGUCGUGCGAUCACCGCCCCGCCCCUUGCCGCGCGCGCCGGCAUCCCGGCCUGCCGUGCGUGGCAGCAACACCACCCCAGCGCCCCGCGCUGCGCCGGCAUCCCGGCCUGCCGUGCGUGGCAGCAACACCACCUCAGCGCCCCGCGCCGCGCCGGCUGCCCGGCCUCGCGAUGUCGUCGGGUCACCCCUCGCCGCGCCGCCUCCCCGGGCUUGA